AUGGUCAUUACUAACGUUUUUGGGUUUAGCAGCAGCAGGCGGAGCAACAACGAGGGGCAGGAGCACGGUGGUGGUGGACAGGGUCCAGGAGUCGAGGAUGGCGGGGAGCCACGGGCCAGGGCGAACACGCGCAAUGUGACUGUGGCAAUCCAGUACUCGUGGCUCCACGACAUGAGGAAUGUCGGGGGAGAGGGCGAGGAAGCGGGACAGGGCCCGGGGGAGAACGGAGAUACGUUCGUGAUGAGCUUCACGGACGUGCCGGACUCGACGUCGAACGAUCGGUUUCAGGAGGUGAUCGGCAUUGCGGCGCAGUUUGCAUUGAGCCGCGUGGCGCGGCGGAUCAGCCUCCUGCGGGGGCUCUCGAAGGAGUCCUUUGAAAAGCUCCCUCUCAGGAAGCUCAGCGAGCUGGACAGCGAGCUGUGCAGUAUAUGCUACGACGACUUUGAGGACGACACGUCGAUCGGGUCCAAGAGAAACCGUGAUGUAGAUAACGACGCGCUGUACCUGAAAAGACAGAGGACAGGGGGUGACUCGUCCGCGCAGAGCUCUCUGUCGCCCGGCGAGGCCGGCGCAGGUGGUGAUGCCGGCGGGCGUGAGGGCGGCCACGCCGGUGGUUGGCCGGCGGAAGAGGAGGCGGAGCAGCCGCACUACAAGCAUUCGCCCACGGAACUACCGUGCGGCCAUGUCUUUGGCAGAGAUUGUAUUUUCAGGUGGACACAGGAGCACAACAGCUGCCCGAUUUGCAGGGCGCGAAUAGUGGAAAACGAGGGGUUGAAUCAUGCAGUCCAGGAUACCCCCGUGGUCAUGGACGAAUUUGAUAGACAGUCGUUCGAGAGGAUACGCCAGCUAAUCUACGGUGACAACGCAAGCAGUGGCGACCGGCCAAACGGUGACGGUGGGAUCACCCUACAGCGGCACAACGUGAUCGUUAUUAGACCGGAUUCGGCCUCCUUUAAUGGUCAUCUUCAACGUGGCGAGGCAGGCACUGCGCCGCUUGCCGGUAGUUCCGCCGGAACGGAAUCGGAACAGGCGCCAGCAGCGCAGGCGGAGAGGGUUCCAGCGGGUAACAGCCCGACUGCUCCGCCGGCUCACGCGGCCGAGAGCAUGGAAGCCGUCGGAGUCAUCCCAUUGGCUUUGUUCAGCUUGGCCCCGCUCGGUGCCGCUCGCAACACGGACAGUCCCGCUUCCGCCCAGGGCAACGACACUACCCCGGAGCCUGCCACCACCAGCGAAGGCGGCAGCGCCGGAACAGCCUCCAUGAACAACACAGACAUCAGCAGACUUUUCGACCUCAUCGCCAAUCUAACCGGCAGAAUGCAGCCGCGCAGAAACAGCGGCAACAACACUAAUAGCAGCAACAGCACUCUCGCACCUAGUGGCUCCUCGCGCUCCGGCGCCGAACGGAGCCAAGAAAGCGCCGCCGCGCCGCCCGCCCCUAGCCGCUUUGGCCUUUUCGACUUCUUGAGCAGGGGCCGCAUGAUGGGCUCACCAUUCGGCGCCGGCGGCAGUCCCAUCCGCGACGUCCUGGGUGACGGCCGCCGCAGGCCUUCGCUUGAGGGCAGGGGCCUCUUUGGCACCGGCGUCGCCAGCUUCCGCGAGGGCACGGGCGUACGCACCGUGGACUUCUCCGGCCCCAUGCCUCACCCCCGCUCACCUCCUGCGCCUGCACAUAAUACCAGCGACGAGGCCGAUGUUAACUCCCCUCACGAUCGCACUCACCCUGAUGAUCCUACUCAAGAGACGGAAUGA